AUGUCUCCCCCACCUAUGUCAGCAAAGUCUUUCGGCACCUUCAUCGACUCGGAGCCGUCGACGCCAGCCUACUCACCAAGGAUGGACCACCAGUGGGACGACUCAUCGGUGGUCCUAGUCCGUCCCAUGUCCUCGUCUUCUGAACCUUCCAGCCCUACUGAGCCAGUAUGGCGCAUGCUACAACCACUGCCUGUGAAGGCCCCACCAAAGCCCAGAGCCAGCACCGUCAGAGCUCAGUCCAAAGAACCGGUCUCCUCUGCCAAGGAGAUUUCAUCACAGACAUCGCUUGCGUCGCACCCUACUAAGCAGGCGAGCUACGUCAAUCGCCCGCACGCGAUCAAGCUAGCAAGCCUAUCACAACAAGAUUUCCCCCCGAAGAGCGAAGACAUCCCACAGGGUGAUGUUACAUCACCUCAGCCGACAGCCAGCACUCCCACAGCGGCCGCCUUCGGGAAACUGGCAAACAAGAUGAAGUUGAUGCUACGGCGUAAGAACACAAACGCAAAGAAAAAGGAGAAGAAGAAGCGAGAGUACGAAGAGGUAGACCGCAUAGAGGAUGUACACUGGACAGAGAUGUGA